AUUAUUGAUUUUUCGAUAAGACAAGCAAACGAUUUCGUUCAUCAGUAUAUUAUAUGGCUCAUCCGUCCGAACCUCCGCCCUCUUAUGAUGAUAUAUUUUCAAGCAAUCGUAAUCCUCUAAGGACAGAAGCCGAAAGUUUACCGGAAGACCCGCCAGAAUAUUCUGAGACUCCCCAAACUGGUGAGAGCCGCUAUUUUACGCCUUUAGCUUUACCGUCCAUAUCGUCAUCAAUUCCCCUUUCAACGUCAAACGAACCAAUACAAGAAAGGCCUUGGUAUGAGAUAAGUUCAUUUUCCAGAGGUGUCAACAUUAAUGUACACAAGUUACAGAAGGCGGCUGUCAUCGAAAUUCCCCCAUGGAGAAUUACUAUAGCUAUUCUGAUACAUGGCGUAUAUUACACGAUAUUGGCUUUAGCAAUUCGUUCUGCUCUUGGUGGAUUUGGUGAUUCUGUCGCAUCAAAAGCAAUUCUUUUUCCCGCUUUAAUAGUUUGCCAUUUCCUUGUUGUUAUCGAGGGCAUCAGAUCACCUACAAAUCGAUGGUUAACUGCAGCAAAUGUCACUCCAUCCUUACAGACAAUAUCCGAUAGACUAAGGGGUACUAAACCCAAAAUUUAUAUAAAAGCCCAAUUAUACCAUUACCAAGGAAACAAGAAGAUUGUUACGGGUCAAACGGGCGAAUAUUUUUCAUUUGAUAGAUGGCGCGACUCAUCUGCAGCUUGGACUUUCAGUGACGGAAUGGUAACAAGAAUGAAAUUUUUAAAGAAAUACGUCAUUUCAAAUCCUGAUUUAAAGUUAAGAUUCCAAGAAAGAUGUCGAAUUCUUAAAGAAAAUGUUGCAGGAAGAGAUGAACAUGUAGAAAUAAAAGAUAUUCUACUACUGGAUGGUUUCAGUCCAUACGUAAGUGCUUAUGUUAGAGCGGAAGCUAAGCCAUUUUGUGCAGGAACGUGCAAUCCAUAUCAGGUUCUAGUUGGGCUAACUCUAACAUGGAUCUAUCGAAUAUGGUUCCAUUUGGGUAGAAAACAAGUAGGAAAAAGUUAUGAAAUCGUUAAGGAAAUUUACUAA